AUGCCGCGGCUGCCAGCAUCUGCCCCCGACGCCAUGGCUGGUGAGCCGUCGCGAGUGGCAUAUCGAAUCGUUCAGCUCCUACGUAGCUCUACACAACCCAGCGACUUUCCGGCCUCGAUUGUAUCAGGACUUUCAUCAACAGACCCAAGCGUACAGCAAGCAGCCAUCGCCGAGUUGCGAGCUUACAUCAAGCGUCUCUUCUUUCUCCAUUUCGAGCCAUUUUUCUUCAUCAGUAACAUUGCCGUAGCAGGUAUCAUCUGCCUGAUCAUCGUCAUUGGUUUCCCCGUCGUUCUACAUCGUUUAUGUCAUGGACGACUUUAUCCCUUCCGAGUCGAGAGACGUGCGCAGGGCUCGUAUUUAGUACCUAAUGCGAUCAACUGUUUUUUGUUGCUCGAAGGCGUCUACGGUGUCUUGACAGUGGCCUUCAACUUUGUCGUAUGGCAGCUCUUCAACAAUGAAAUGGAAGCAUGGGUUCCUAUCUGGCAGGCCGUUCGCUCCUUGAUAUGGAUCCCGCUGUACAUGGGUGCUUUCCUGACGGGCUGGGGAAGUUUCUAUACUGCGCCCGGUGCGCUGGACAAGCCUACCGCAGCUCGGAACAAGUCGAGCGCCAGAGGUCAUCUCGCUUGGCCGGUGAUUGUCAACCUCGCCUGCUGGGGCGUACCUGUCGCUCUCGUCGUAUCGCUGCUACCGCCGGUCUGCCUCUCUUCCGUCACGUUGACGAACGCGUACAACGACUAUAAGGACUGGGAUCGUCGCUUCAACGCGUUGCUCGAAUCGACCCCAGCCAAUACACCUGUGAACCAGGUCUUGGUCGAUGACUUCCGUUCGCAAGCGUACACAAUCUUCACCAAUUGGACCAGGUCGUAUUACUACAUUGACAUCGGUUAUGUAAUUUGGGGCUUCUGGGCACUUGUCUUUGUAGCCUUUUACGUCCCUGCCGGUGGCGUGCUCGUGUAUCUGCUGUAUCGUCAGGUCAGGAGGCAAAAAAGCAUCCUGCUUAGCUACCAACGUAAGCUCGACGUACAGCUAGCACAAGAAGAGGCACAGACACAAGUCAGCGUGUUGACCCGCGAGGAAGCUGCUGAGAAGGACAGCCGCCACCCAAGCGAGCAAGCGGCGCAGAGCAAACAGCCAGGUGUGUGGUCAGCGGCGAACCUCACCUCCCGAAUCGGCGCACCUCUGGAAAACAUCUACGAAGACCGCGGCGCUUCCGAUGAAAGCCGAGGCACAGGCCGCAGCGCUGUCACAGCCUCUUUGAAGAGCGGCCACGAUGCAGUUGGUCUCGAUUUGGCGUUGCGCCAAGAGCCGCGUAUAUCGAACCAGAACCACGGCGCACGCCCGCCUGGCCUUGCCUCUCACCGUGGAUACGUGACAAGCUUGACUGAGCAGGUCGAGAAUCCGAGCACCACGGUUGAGCAACAGAGCAGCUCGCCACCCAGCUCACCCAAAUCGCCAAGGCCGCCUUCGGCAAUCCGAAAGUUGAUGCGAUUAGACACACACACCAGCAGCAAUCGCGGCGGACAGAACUCGACCAAAUCGCCUAAACGCAAGCGCAUCUCGGUCUCAGGCGGUCCAAUGUCGCGAUACAGGUAUUUGCGUCGCUGUCUCGUCAAUUUGCUGAUUCUCUACUUUGGUAUCAUUUCGGCUGCUUGCUUCUUCGGCGCCAUCACCAUCUACCUUGCAGCUGUCGAGUACGAACAUGCCUUGCAGGGACCCGACGCGGUAGUCAAACCGAUUGGCAUAGCAGGUGCUAUAGCCACAUGGGUUUCUGCGGUGUUUGGUGCUCUUACCAUCGGCUCGAUCAUCUUUCGCAAUUUCGACAAUCCGCAGCCGGAAGCGAGUCAGAACAGCGGCGAAGCGGGUGGUGCAGGUGGUAUUCGACGUCGAUUUCAGCGAAACGGAUCUAGGACGCACGAUUCGGGGUCUGGAGGCGGUGAGCAGGCCGAUGCUGGCGCACUACACGAGAAGACACGAACAUUGCCAGCCGUGCCCGAGAGCGUUGACCUCGAGGCAUCUAUGAUGUCAGGGCUGCAAUCGCGACCACAGAUGGCGAUGAACACGGCCAUGAAGUUUUCCAUGUCCGAGCAAACGAGUCGACCUGGCGGAUUCGUGAUCCGCCCCGACGACCAGCUAGCAUCCACGCUGUCGGCAGCCGACUCGCCUGAGAUGGAAGAUGGUCCACGAAUUGGCCACAACGAGGCCCUCGGUCGAGUCGGCAAAACUAGAGUACAAGCUUUGCGGCCUCCGCGAGCAGCACGGGCUUGGAUGAGCCGUGAAAGAGAGGCCACCAUGUCGAUUCCGCAGGAUGUAACCGAGUCGUUUGGGCUCGCUUCUUUGCCCAUGAUUGGCAUAGGCUCGGAUUUUGGUCGCUCUCGACAAGAAUCGACCGACCAUUUCGAGGAGAGGCAGUUCAGCUCGAACGAUACGACGCUUGCCGCGUAUCCGGCCUUUGAUCCGCGCGUCAUCAACCAUGCGUUCAAAGUGUCGCAAACAACACGCGGAGACUCGGUACCCUCGCCAAAGGUCAAGCAGCAGACCGAAGCGUCACCAUCACCACCAGUGCUCAAGCGUCAAUCCCGGUAUUUUGACAGCGCUGGCGUUGAGACGCCCGCUUCCAAGAUUGCAAGGGAAUGGGCGCAGUCGCAAUACCUCGCUACACCUCUGCCAGAGACGCCGGCGAUAGGUGAUGCUGAGAAUCACGAUGUCAAUUCGGGUGCUUCAACAAGGGACGGUAGCAACACAUGGGUGAAUGAACUCGAGUGCUCAUCUCCAGUCACUGUCGACUCGGUGCUGGUGAGACCACCACGCGACGCCAGGAGGCUUACGGGCUCGCCGACUCUGGACAACCAACGGUCUCUGAGUCCUUGA